AUUAAAUGUGUGUAAGUGUUCAUAUGUUUUAUUCAUGUGCAUGAACAAAACAUCAGUAACUCCAGAGGACAUCAACCAGCAGUAGAGAGCAGAAAAAUUACAAAAUGACGGAGGAAAAUCACCCAAAUCCCCAGUCUUGUGACAACAGACGUGAAAAUUCUCAACAGGUAACUAAAGAGGCAGAUCAUGACUCCGGAUGGUCAGACGACAGUACCAGCUCUUUGGACUCCAUUACAAGGAGAAUGGAGGAACUGGUUGAAAACAUCAACAGGAGACGCACCAGUGACCAAAAACUAAUGGAAAGCUUUCAUAGGAACUUAACGAAGAAGGUGUCGGAUGCCAACCAGCAAAUGAAGGAUCAAAUGUUUAUAGUGUAUGAGGACAACAAUCGUAAGAUGCAGGCCAAGCUGCAGGAGAUCUCUGAUGUACUGGACAACUGUACCAAGCUCAAAAAUGAGCUUUUGGAAGCUUCUGGGGCUUUGUGUAUGCUCCAAGAGGGCCUUGACGGCCAACGAGAUACAUAUCUAAAAAAUCAUAAGAAAUAAGAGAUAUUCAUGGAUAGACAGUUCAGUUAGUUAUUUUGUUGUUGUUUGUUCUUUAAUUAUAUUGAGUACAUCCGCAAUUGUUCACUGUCUCGGAAUGCUAAACUGAGUUUGUAUAUUUAUUUCCUCUUCCUUCUUUUUCUUCUUCAUUUUCCUAAGUGGAAGAAGAAGUGUGUCUGCAAUUCAGGUUACAGCUUACACAUCAAAUUAAAUAAAGCAGAAGCUGAUUC